AUGACGGCCGGCCGCGCCAGAGCUGUACUGGCCCUGGGGGUGCUCAGUGUGUGUGCGGCCAGCGACUCUGGGCCCGUGGCGGAGGGGGAGGCGGGCGCGGAGGCGGAGUGGGCGGAACCGUGGGACGGCGCGGUUUUCCGGCCGCCCUCCGCGCUGGGCGCGGUGGGGGUGGCGCGCAGUCCGGAGACCCCGCGGCCAGGGAGGGAGGGUGCGGUGGGCUUGCCGGUGCUGCUUUGGUGGAGCCCAGGGCUGUUUCCCCACUUCCCCGGCGACUCGGAACGCAUCGAGUGUGCGCGCGGCGCGUGCGUGGCGUCUCGGGACCGACGGGUGCGGGGAGACUCGCGGACGCGCGCGCUGCUCUUCUACGGCACCGACUUCCGCGCGUCCGACGCGCCGCUGCCGCGCCUGGCGCACCAGAGCUGGGCGCUCCUGCACGAGGAGUCGCCCCUCAACAACUUCUUGCUGAGCCACGGCCCGGGCAUCCGCCUCUUCAAUCUUACCGCCACGUUCAGCCGCCACUCGGACUACCCGCUGGCGCUGCAGUGGCUGCCCGGGCCCGCCUACCUUCGCCGCAAGGCGACGCCUCUCCAGGAGCGCGCGGAGUGGCGGCGCCGCGGUUACGCGCCGCUGCUCUAUCUGCAAUCCCACUGCGACGUGCCCGCGGACCGGGACCGCUAUGUACGCGAGCUCAUGCGCUACAUCCCGGUGGACUCAUACGGGAAAUGCCUGCAGAAUCGAGAGCUGCCCACCGUGCGGUUACAGGACACGGCCACGGCCACCACCGAGGAUCCGGAGCUCUUGGCCUUCUUGUCCCGCUAUAAGUUCCACUUGGCCCUCGAAAAUGCCAUCUGUAACGACUACAUGACAGAAAAACUGUGGCGCCCCAUGCACCUGGGUGCUGUACCCGUGUACCGCGGCUCCCCCUCUGUGAGGGACUGGAUGCCCAACAAUCACUCCAUCAUCCUUAUUGACGAUUUCGAGUCCCCUCAGAAGCUGGCAGAGUUUAUUGACUUUCUGGACAAAAAUGAUGAGGAAUAUAUGAAAUACCUGGCAUACAAGCAACCUGGGGGCAUCACCAACCAGUUCCUUCUGGAUAGUCUGAAGCAUCGGGAGUGGGGAGUGAAUGAUCCUUUACUGCCUAACUACCUGAACGGCUUCGAGUGUUUCGUCUGUGACCAUGAACUGGCCCGGCUGGAUGCCGAGAAAGCCCACACAGCCUCUCCUGGCGACAUCCCUGUCUCUGAGCCUCACAUUGCCCAGCCCUCACACAUGGACUGCCCAGUGCCCACACCUGGCUUUGGUAACGUGGAAGAUAUUCCUGAGAAUGACAGCUGGAAGGAGAUGUGGCUGCAAGAUUAUUGGCAAGGUCUGGACCAGGGAGAAGCUCUCACAGCCAUGAUCCACAACAAUGAAACACAGCAGAGUAAAUUUUGGGAUUACCUACAUGAGAUCUUCACGAAAAGGAACCAGAUUCUCUAAUUGCCCUUCCAAGAGCCUUUAAUUUGAUAGAGCUAAGGAAAGCUUAUUCUACCAUGGGACAUAAAGAGCCUGCACAACCCCUUAAUGAACACUGUCAUAUGGAUUCAAGAAAUUCCAGUUAUAUCUACUGAUAUUUUAUCUUGAUGUGUAGCCAAGAUCUCAGCCUGUGGUAAUAGGGCCUCUCUUCAAGGAGAGAUAAGAGGCGUCCUGUCCUUGGUUCAGUGGGAAACAAAAGCUUGAAACACCCAUUUGAUUCAAGGUGCUGGACCAACAGAAUUUUUAAAGGACUGCUCACUUCUCUCGCUAUUUCAUCCUGUUUUACUUGACUACCGUAAGGUAAGAUGGGUCAGGUUAGUACUUAAAACUCCUCCUGUUCUGUUCCGCAAACCUCUCAUUCAUUAUUCCAUACCUUUCCCAAUAAUCUCUUUUCCUCAUCUCUUGCUUUAUAGACUGUUAUGUUAGUGGAGAAGCAAAACUGGUUGGGUUGUAUUCUGAUUUUCUGGGGUUGUAUUUUUUUUAUAUCAUUUAAUUUGCACUUCACGUCAAACUUUUUUAUUUUACAUGGCUUAUUUUUUCUUGGUUUUAGGCCCUUUCCCACAAUUUCAGAUGGAUAUACACAAACCUUGCUAUCACUCUUACUGCUGGUUUGUUUCUUAUGUAAGUUAUAUCAGGAAUUCCUUCUCAUCUCAUGAACAGAAAGAUUCAGUGGCUAAUAUAUGCUAUGCCAAUUUAAUGUAUUGCCCUGUUCCAUUUAAGAUCAAAGAUGGAGACGAAGGCUGGAAAUGAUGGAAGAAAAAGUCACAUAUAUAUUUAAUUUAAAUAGUUUUGAAAUGAUAAAACAGGCAGAUAUGAA